AUCCCUGUAUGUCACUGAGUCCACCAUGCUUCACUGAAGAAGACAGAUUUAGUCUGGAAGCACUUCAGACAAUCCAUAAACAAAUGGAUGAUGACAAAGACGGUGGCAUAGAAGUGGACGAGAGUGAUGAAUUUAUCAGAGAAGAUAUGAAAUAUAAAGAUGCUACAAAUAAACAUAGUCAUCUGCACAGAGAAGAUAAGCACAUAACUGUUGAGGAUUUGUGGAAACAGUGGAAAACAUCAGAAGUUCAUAAUUGGACAGUUGAGGAUACCCUGCAGUGGUUGGUAGAAUUUGUUGAACUCCCACAAUACGAGAAGAAUUUUAGGGAUAAUAAUGUGAAAGGAACAACACUUCCCAGGAUAGCAGUUCAUGAAACUUCAUUUAUGAUUUCCCAGUUGAAAAUCAGCGACCGGAGUCACCGACAGAAACUUCAACUCAAAGCACUAGAUGUGGUUUUGUUUGGGCCUUUGACACGCCCACCUCAUAACUGGAUGAAGGAUUUUAUUCUCACAAUUUCCAUAGUAAUUGGUGUUGGUGGGUGUUGGUUUGCAUACACACAAAAUAAGACAUCAAAGGAACAUGUUGCAAAAAUGAUGAAAGAUCUAGAGAGUUUACAAACUGCAGAGCAAAGUCUCAUGGACUUACAAGAGAGACUUGAAAAGGCACAAGAAGAAAACAGAACUGUUGCUGUAGAAAAACAAAAUCUAGAGCGAAAAAUGAUGGAUGAGAUCAACUUUGCCAAGGAGGAGGCCUGUCGGCUGAGAGAGCUGAGGGAAGGCGCUGAGUGUGAGCUGAGCAGACGCCAGUAUGCAGAGCAGGAGCUGGAGCAGGUCCGCAUGGCUCUGAAAAAGGCUGAAAAGGAGUUUGAGAUGAGAAGCAGCUGGUCUGUUCCCGAUGCGCUGCAGAAAUGGCUUCAACUGACACAUGAAGUUGAAGUGCAGUACUACAAUAUUAAGAGACAGAAUGCUGAGAUGCAGCUAGCCAUUGCUAAGGACGAGGUUGCUGCCUCCUAUCUGAUGCAGGCAGAAAAAAUUAAAAAGAAGAGAAGCACAGUCUUUGGGACCCUGCAUGUUGCACAUAGCUCCUCCCUGGAUGAAGUAGACCACAAGAUUCUGGAAGCCAAGAAAGCACUCUCUGAGCUGACAACGUGUUUGCGAGAACGCCUUUUUCGCUGGCAGCAGAUUGAGAAGAUCUGUGGCUUUCAGAUAGCUCACAACUCUGGGCUCCCCAGUCUUACCUCCUCUCUGUACUCUGACCACAGUUGGGUGGUGAUGCCUAGAGUUUCCAUUCCACCCUACCCUAUUGCUGGAGGAGUGGAUGACUUAGAUGAAGACACACCCCCAAUAGUGUCACAGUUUCCAGGGACCGUGCCUAAACCUGCUGGGUCUUUAGCCCGGAGCAGUAGUUUAUGCCGCUCUCGUCGCAGCGUUGUGCCAUCCUCCCCACAGUCCCAGCGAGCUCAGCUUCCUCCCCAUGCUCCUCUGGUAGCCCACCCUCGGCAUCCUCACCAUCCCCAGCAUUCCCAGCACUCAUUACCUUCCCCAGAUCCAGACAUCCUGUCUGUGUCGAGUUGCCCUGCUCUGUAUCGGAACGAAGAGGAGGAGGAGGCCAUUUACUUCACUGCUGAAAAACAAUGGGAAGUACAGGACACAGCUUCAGAGUGUGACUCCUUAAACUCCUCCAUUGGGAGGAAGCAGUCUCCUCCUUCAAGCCUUGAGAUAUACCAAACAUUGUCUUCUCGAAAGAUAUCAAGAGAUGAGCUUUCCCUGGAGGAUUCCUCCCGGGGGGAUUCGCCAGUAACAGCAGAUGUCUCCCGGGGCUCCCCUGAGUGUGUGGGUCUGACAGAAACCAAGAGCAUGAUCUUCAGUCCUGCCAGCAAAGUGUACAAUGGCAUCUUGGAGAAAUCCUGUAGCAUGAACCAACUUUCUAGUGGCAUCCCGGUGCCUAAACCUCGACACACAUCAUGUUCCUCAACUGGCAAUGACAGCAAGCCAGUUCAGGAAGUCUCGAAUGUUUCCAGAAUAAGCAGCAUCCCACAUGACCUUUGUCAUAAUGGCGAGAAAAGCAAAAAGCCAUCAAAAAUCAAAAGCCUUUUCAAGAAGAAGUCUAAGUGACUCAACGACUUGAUGGAAUUCCAUUCAAGUGGCAUCUGUGAACUUUAUCUCCCACCCUCCACUCCGUUUUCAUUUUAAUUUUAGGAAUGUAACUCCAUUGGGGCUUUCCAGAGUUGAUACCAUAGUGGAAAUGUCCUUAGGGACAGCUGUCUACUGUCUGCUGUAACAAACUACACCUUCAGUUCAAGUCAGACAUUACCCAAGAGUCAUCGAGAGGAGACACUUGACAGUCAUUUCCACCUAUUUAUUUCUGCAUUGAUGUUAGUGAUGUAUACACAGCAUUCUGUUGAAAGCCGCUAUGGACUUACAAGCUUUAAUGGACUGUAAGCCAGCAUGGGCUUGCAAAAAUUUCUUGUUUACCAGAAUAUCUUCUUAUCUUUCCACAGAGCUGUUUCCAUCAUGGACUAAAUAACUUAAAAGAAGUAAAACUAAUUGCACUACUGUUUUCCAGACUGGAAAAAAAAUCUCUGCAAGUAAAACUGUAUAGAGUUUAUAAAAUGACUGUGGAUAGGGGACUGUUUUCACUUUUAGAUCAAAAUGGGUUUUUAAGUAGAAACUAGAGUUUCUAAUUGACUUGCUUUCUGGAAAUGAAAACCCACACUUUUAUUAUGGGACGCUUCUUCAAAUGCAUUUAUUAUUAUAAAGUUUCAAGUCCUGCUGUAAAGAUCAUGUUGUUUUGUUUUCCCCAGGGCUUUCACUGUGAUUUACUGCACUGCAGGCUGUAUGAUAAAAUAUAAAUAAUGUUAAGAGAGAAGGCUCUUGAUUCCUUAUACAAGUGGAAGAGUUAAAACUUGAUCGAAGGACUUAAAACAUUCACAUGCUUAAACUGAGGUGGGGUGGAGAGUCAGGCACUUGUUUACAGACUUUGAAUAAAUGCAAAGGAUUUAUGGUUUGAAAAAUUUGUACUGUGGAAACGAUAAUAAAUUGGAGACAUUAUUGUG